CUCAAUCUCCGUCCUUCCACCUUUUCCCAGUUUUCAGCUCUUUACCACUUCAACAAGGUUUCCUUAUCAUCUUCUUCACAAAACACUUUCUCAUCAACCCUUCCAACACUUAAAAAACCCCUUUUACCUUACCACGUUUUGAAUUCACAACCUUUCCAAUCUCACAGACUACUCAAAUGGCUUCUCGCGAAGACUCUGUUUACAUGGCCAAGCUCGCUGAGCAAGCCGAGCGAUAUGAUGAGAUGGUAACCUACAUGAAAGAUGUGGCCAAACUCGAUCAAGAACUUACCAUUGAAGAACGUAAUCUUCUUUCAGUCGCUUACAAGAACGUCAUUGGUGCUCGACGUGCCAGCUGGCGGAUUGUGAGCUCGAUCGAGCAGAAAGAAGAGGCAAAGGGCAACGAGUCACAACUCGGUCAAAUCAAGGCUUACCGUGACAAGAUCGAGGCUGAGUUGGCCAAGAUCUGUGAAGACAUUCUCGAAGUUCUCGAUGGUCACCUCAUCAAAUCGGCUGAAUCCGGUGAAAGUAAAGUAUUUUACCACAAGAUGAAGGGAGACUACCACCGUUACCUUGCUGAAUUCGCAACAGGUGAUAAGCGUGCAGUCUCUUCUGAUGCCUCGCUUGAAGCCUACAAAGCCGCCUCAUCAAUUGCCACCGUCGAACUCCCACCAACUCACCCCAUCCGUCUCGGUCUUGCGCUCAACUUCAGCGUAUUCUACUAUGAGAUUCUGAAUGCCCCUGACAAAGCUUGCCAGCUUGCCAAGCAAGCAUUUGAUGAUGCUAUUGCCGAAUUGGACACUCUCAGCGAGGAGAGCUACAAAGACUCUACCCUCAUCAUGCAAUUGUUGAGAGACAACCUCACCCUCUGGACUUCUGACUUGAAUGACAGUGUGCCGGAAGACAAGGAAGAUAAGCCUGCCGAACCCGCUGCCGCUCCCGAGGCCGCCGAAGCUGCCCCUGAAGCGUAAUCGAUCCCAUUUUGCUGUGAAUAAAAAGCAAAGCAUCCUGCGCGAAAUUACUCUUUGAUUUUCUGUGUGGCCCUCGGGUCACAUUGGAAUACUAGAAGCCUCGUCUGCCAAUUGUGCUUUCCUCCUAGCCCUCUACUCUUUACUCGUCUCGACUUUUUUUUCACAUACAUUUAUUUGCGUACUUUCAGUCUUAAAGCUUGUUGAGCAACCGUCUUUUGUCUCAUAGUGCCCUUAUUUCGAGCUCACUUUCAGCCUUGCUCCGUUGCCCCCCGUUUUCAUUUUUUUGCACUUAAAUGCUUUUGUCCAAACGUCUUCCAAUGGUUAUCCUUAGUCCUUGAGUCUGGAGAGUCCAUUGGCAAGUGUGAGGGAGCCUCGAUGGUCUAGAUAACUACGUCUUACUAGGUUGC